AUGGCGAGAACAUCGCAGAAGACUGUUUUUCACGCGCUUCUGAUAAUCUCGACGAUGACUCUCGCAAGAUGCGCGUUGCUGGAGAUGUCGCGAAUGCUCUGGAACAAGACGGUGUCCGGAGGUUUGACGAAAAUCGGCAAACUCGAUCCGUUGAGGAUACCGCUGAUCAAAGUGGACCAGUCCGAGGGCAACGCCACGUACAGAAUGAUCCUGAGAAAUUUGGAGAUUGCCGGUCUCAACGAGUCCGUUCUGGAGAGCAUCCACGUGAUCCGCGGGGCGCUCAGGUCCAACCCGAGCGAAUCCGAGACCGGCUACGUGAGCUACAGCGAUCUCAGGGACGUGGAUUCCGUCGGGUACAGAUUCCACACAGCAACGAGAGAACCGAAAGAAAAUUUCGAAACAGUGGUUUCAUCCGUAAGCCAGCGGACUCGCGCCGACGUAUUCAGACCGUCCUCGCGCUAUCAGGAUCGUCUCGACGGACGAUUGCGGCAGAAUCAACAGGACUCCAGAAUAUUCGAGCAAAAUCGGCAUUACGAUCGACAGUUCUUCCGACCCGAUACAUCGUCCGACGGCGCUUACAGAAGCGAUUUUAUUAAAACGUCGGGCGAUCACGAGACGAGAUCUUCUGAGAGAUUUGAAAAUUUCAAACGCCCGACUUACGUCCAGCCCCUCGUUUACGAGAAGCAGAGAACGGGAGACUUCCAGAAUUAUCGAGGAAACUCGCGAACCGAAGACGCGAUCGAUUGCGACGAUUCGAAGAAUGCGCGGUACGAAGAGACGAGUCUGAGAGACAACCGGCAACACGGAUCGCGACAAGAUGCCAAUGGCAGACGCCACGAGGACGUUGAGGUUUCUGCGUCGGAAACAGUUGAAACUAGGUUGAAAAACCGAGCCGAUGCGAGAUCGCCUGCCUUGUAUAACAGAGAAGAACCGAAGUCUUCGGAUCUCGCAGCCUCGGGCAAUGUUAAGUUACCGAAAACGACUCACGGAAUUACGGAGCGACCUGGUUUCAUCGAUAUCAUCUACACGGGUGACAAGGCCGAGAAUUCGAAACGUUUUGGCAACUUCGGCGCCGAUUCCGGAGAGAAUCGGCGAGUGUUCGGCAUCGACGAUGUCAUGAAAUACAUUCGCGACAACGCGAGAUUCAUCGUGUACAACCUCACGGAAGGCGAGGCUUUGAGGAAGAAGAACGACAUGGUCAAAGCCGCGAUCGAGACCAAGCGAUUGAAGGAUCAGCCUAGAUACGCGAGAACAUUUCAGGAGCAGCAGGGAUACUUCGAGGAGGGCAUGACGUUGUUCUAUCACUUCGGUGAGAACGAUACGAAUGGCUACAACGCUUCUCGAAACAUCAACAACAGCACCCAGAGAACGAAACGGGCGCAUACGGAGGAAGAUGUUGAAAACGACGUGAUGCGAGUGAUUUUGAAAAUACGCGUGCCGUUGCUCCGCGUCAAGUCUCAAUACACUCUCACGGGAAAUGUAGGAAAGGAAGCUCUACGCGGCGACGGCCUGUUCGCCGGGAACUUCACUGAUGUGGUCGGCGACUUCACGCUGGAACUGAAGAAAGCCGGCGAGGAGCUAAUGAUCGUUCGUGCCGCGAAGGCGAAACUGUCCGCCAAAGAUCAGAAGAUCAGUCUUCAAGGUAUGAACGAGAAGGGACCGGUGCGAGUUAUACUCAACCAGGGUUUAACGGCUGCCGAGGCAGUCGCGGCGAUGCUCGCCGACGAUCUGGCGACCAAGGGGCUCAGCGAGAAACCGGCUGACGCACUAAUCUACAAGAUGUACAAAGAUCUGCCGGUCAAUUGAUCAUUCACAGCUAACGUGAUCGAUCUCGAGUUGAGUCAGCUCGAGAAGUUUACGCUCCCAGCUAGUGUUUUUUCCAUUGUUCAUUAAUCAUUAAUCGAUUAAUCUCGCAAUCGUAUAUAGAUUUCUUGUCGCGUAUGUCUAAUUGCUUUAUUUAUUUAUUCGCUUUGUUUGCGUCUAGAUAAGAAUAAUUUUUA